CUUGUAGUGAUGCAGAAGGGCACCAAAACAGCCGAGUAAGUGCACACCCUUAGCUCAGUGUGUCACCGGCGAAGAUCUCUGCAUGGUAUGUGUGUUGUCGUUCAGCAUCGAUUCGGAGGACGAGGCGUUCGACGGGACGUUCGACUGGGACAGCCAGCAGGUAAGGCGGAGGAAUGACACACACACAGACGGGAAGCGCACGAACACCCUUUGGUUCCGCAGCAACGCGCCUUGGCCACGCGAGGCGAAUCAGUGACGGCGGCCGAGAGCGCGCCGGAGCCAGACGAGUACUUCUCCGAUAGCGAUGAUGUAUACAGUGACGAUCUCGAGGACGUCGAUGACUUCGCUGUCUAUGGAUCAACCCAGGUACAGUGCGUGAGCGGGUAGAUGGUGUGUGUGUGUGUGUGUCGAUCUAUGGAUGGAUGCUGCUCGUUGUUUGUCUGUCAGGGUCGCGGACCGAACGCCCAGAGCGGCCAGUCAUCCUCUGCCAGGACGUAUCAGCCGCUACAGCAUCGCGUGGCCGGCAUCACCGAGAGAAUGAGCCUCAACUACAGCCCCUUGCCAGACGAUCUCACCGGCACCACGGUCGACCAGGUUGCCAAAAACUCCAUCAUCAGCGGACAGAAAAAGGCCGCACAACACCGGUCGGUGGGGCGGCAGGCAGGCAGGCAGACAGACAAGCGACAGCCAUGUGUGUGUGUGUUGUGUGGUCAGCCAUCGCGGGUUGACGCAGGACACUCGUGCGACGGUAGAGCAGGUGUUGGAUCCCCGGACGAGGCUCAUCCUGACCAAGCUGCUCAACAGGGGCCUCUUCAGCGAGAUAUAUGGAUGCAUCAGCACAGGCAAAGAGGUCAGCCAGCCAGGGAAACACUCCACCACACCACAUGGCUGAGUGCAUCUGGGCGUACACACAACGUACGUAUCACCAGGCGAAUGUGUACUAUGCCGUGACGGAGGAUGGUGGAGAGCGCGCCGUCAAGAUCUUCAAGACGUCCAUCCUCGUCUUCAAGGACAGAUCAAGAUACGUCGAGGUCAGCCAACACACCACACCCACCCGAGGGGGGUGGACACAACACACGUGUUCUUAUCUGUCAGGGUGAGUUUCGCUUUCGCCGUGGGUACAUCAAGUCCAGCAAUCCCCGCCGCAUGGUGGCCCAGUGGGCAGAGAAGGAGUACAGAAACCUCAAACGAAUCGCAGCCAGCGGCAUCAGGUCAGUGGUGGAACCAGGAAGCCGCCCAGACAGCGCUCACAGUGAGACCGUGUUGACGUCCUUUCGGCUUGUGUGUGUGUGUGUGUGCGUGUGUGUGUGUGCGUUCAGGUGUCCGGCGGGGAUAGAGCUGCGUUCCCACGUGCUGGUCAUGAGCUUCGUGGGACGGGAUGAGGUGGCUGCUCCGAGGCUCAAGGAUGCCAUCGCAGACAUGACACACGUACGCCGGCUGACAGGGAAGACACACAUCAGCCAAGCGGGGCAAUCGAUCCUGUGACCCCCCUCCCUGUGUGUGUGCAUCAUCGAUCAGGAUGAGACGUGGCGGGCCUACGUGGAGGUGGUGGCCACCAUGCGCACUCUCUACCAGGUCAGCCAGCACACUCACUCGUUGCCACACCAUAUCCCUCCCUCCCUCCUGCAGACCGGCCGUUUGGUCCACGGCGACCUGUCAGACUACAACUUGCUAUGGCAUGAUGGCCACGUGACGGUCAUCGACGUGUCCCAAUCGGUGGAGCACGACCACCCCCACUCACUCGACUUCCUCAAGAGGGACUGCGUCAACGUCACGGCAUUCUUCAGGAAAUACUCCGCCCAAGAGACACAGGCCAGCACAUCCACGCCGCCGCCCGGUCUUCUGUCGGUCAUGACUCUGUUCGACUGGAUCAUCGCCGCAGAGCUGCCGUCAGACUUCCCUCCUGCCAAUGAGGAUGGAGUAGGGGCGGGCGAGGGUGAGGGCUACGAGGCCUUCGACGGCCUGUGUGCGCGGCUGGAUGUGUGGCUGCGGUCGGUGCAUCAGCUGAUGGUGCAGCCGCCAGAGACUGCUCCGGCGGACGGCGAUAGGAGAGGAGGUGUGGGUCUGACGGCAGGUGAGGCGGCCAGGCGGCGGCAUAAUGAGGCCGACGAGGCGCUUUUCCUCGAGACCUGGAUGCCCUCACACCUGCACCAGGUACACAAACGCCUGCAAAUACAUCCGCAGCCUUCUCCUGUCUAUGUUCGUCCCGGUGUGUGUGCAGGUGUCCGAUCUGGCAGUGCUCGAGAAGGAGAUGGAACGCCGGCAGCGGGGCGAGGACACGCUCUUCGAGCGGUUUCUUGGAACGGCCCCGCCCUCUUCUGCUGCCGACCAAAAGUCAUCGACUGGCGACACACACGGCAGCAGGGAGGAGGCACAGGGAGAGGGCGGGCAGCAGGGUCAGGAGGAGCAGGAGAGCGAUGGCGUUGCAGAGAGUGACAGCAACGAUGAUGAUGACGACCAAGAUGACAAGUUCGACGGUCGGUGAGAGAUGCAUGGAUGGAUGGAGGCACUCACUCGGUGUGUUGUCAUGGUUCACACACUCUUUGCAGGUCACCGCCCCGACGGCGUGAGCAAGAAGGAGUGGAAGCAGAAAGUCAAGGAGGUCAGGAGAGCUGCACGGCACAGACAUAUCUAUGGUGCUAUCGGUCACGGUCGCCAUCCAUGUGUCAGGAUCGUCGCGAGAAGCGCAAGACCAAGAUGCCCAAAGCAGUCAAGAAGAAGGCCGUCAACAAAGCCAAAAACAGAUAGACAGACGAUGGCGCUACGCAUGCUGUUGGUGGUGGUCGUUGCUGAUGUACCCCACGUGUGCCCAAGUAUUGUAUGUUUAUGUGUCUGUGAAUGUUGUGUGUGUGUGUGCGUGUGCGUGUUG